GGAUUUGUACAAUGGACUAUAAGCUGUUUUUCGUGGACAACCUGAAUACCUUGAAUUUCAGUAUGCGAAUCGUGGGAUUCUUGGAUAUGGUAAUGUUUUGUGUCCUCUUUCUCGUGUGCCUUCCUUUCCCUGACAUGAUCAGAAAGAGCCUCUGCUCUACAGUCGUCAAGGGAAUGGGUCCUAUUUCCAUCUUCAUGGUGUUCUGCGCAUACUCUGCGGUUUAUACUCUUACCAAGCUCUCUAAGAGAUUCUAUGUCUAUCACACCGAGAACUCAAAGGGACGGAUGGGUAGCUAUGAGUUUUUCUCCAAGAGCAUUGCUAAGAACCAGAGAGAUCUCCUUCUCUGCAUCAUCGGUAUCGUGUUUAGCUUCUUGACGGUGUUCCUCUCUGCCCAGCUGAAGAACAUGAGCAAGGACCCUGAGCCGAAACAGGUAGAGGAGGAGAAGAAGGAGAAGCCUGCUGAUGCGAAAAAGAACGAUUGUUGUGUUUGUUGUAACAAAGCCUUACACAGACAGCAUCAUAGUAUAUCAAUGCAUUAUUAUCAUACACUACUAGACAACAAGUAA